AAUCCUGUGUCUGUAAGAUUGGAGAAGAGGGCUCGUCUGUUGUCACCAGCUUCAGGCUUGAAGAGAGAGGAGGACGAUGGGUUUGACGGAGAACGCGAGUCAAGCGUACGGGGAAGCAUGGUAUUGGGACAACCGCUACUCCAACGAAUCUGGACCCUUCGAUUGGUACCAGAAAUACCCUUCCUUGGCUCCCCUCAUCAACCUCUACGUCCCUCAUCGCUCUCACCCUGUCCUCGUCAUUGGCUGCGGCAACUCAGCCUUCAGCGAGGGAAUGGUCGAUGAUGGCUACCAAGAUGUGGUGAACAUAGAUAUCUCCUCUGUCGUCAUCGACACUAUGCACACCAAGUACUCCCACCGUCCUCAGCUCAAAUUUCUGAAGAUGGAUGUGCGUAAUAUGAGCGCAUUUCAAGCUGCUUCUUUUGAUGCUGUAAUUGAUAAAGGAACCCUCGAUUCCAUAUUGUGUGGGAAUAAUUCGAGGCAAAACUCCACACAAAUGCUUGAAGAGGUUUGGAGGGUUCUCAAGGAUAAAGGGGUCUAUAUCCUGAUUACAUAUGGAGCUCCAGUCUACCGUCUUCAUCUACUAAAAGAAUCGUGCUCUUGGACCAUAAAACUUCAUGUGAUAGACAAAACUUUAACAGACGAAGCAGCAGAACAUCCAAAAUGGGAAUUGAGGAACCCUAUUCCUGUAGACGCUGAGGGAAGCUCUGUGGAGACUACACUCGGGAAAAACCCGGAUGUCCAUUACAUCUACGUCUGUACUAAGGUCACAGCCUGAGGAGUUUGGAAAAGGAAAAGAGGCGUCAUCACUGCCGCUGGCAUUCUUCUGCUACCUGAGUUAAUGAGUUUGGUUCUCGUAGUGUGGAUUGCCCCCAUCCAUCUUAUCUUUUGUUUCUGGGCAUCAUCACAUUUUAUGAGUUCAAAGAACAUGACCCGUGUGUGGUGUGUUAGUCGCGCCACUCUCACUCUCUUAAUACGUCUUUUUUUUUCUUUCCCAUUCUAUUGUCAUCAGACUCCGGAUUCAGAGCUUUUUCAGAUUUACAUGUUUUGUUAUA